AUGCAGCAGCAGCAGCAGCAGCAGUUGCAGCAGCAGCAAGACAUAGCCGGCGACAAGCAGCAGCAGAAGGGGUCGUAUCUGCCGCCCCCUACUCCAGCAAGGCCAGCGAUAUCACACAAACGGCUGCUGGCGCCUGCACAAAGCGAAGCAGCAGCAACGGUAACAGCAGCAGCAGCAACAGCAGCAGCAGCAGCAGCAGCAGCAGCAAGUGCUGCUGCAGCAAAGCGAGGUCAUAGUGUUGCUUCCAAGUUGGCCUUACUAGCCCUGAACUUCGCUCUGUCUACAGAAGUAAACCAGUUGCACAAAAAGCAGCAGCAGCAGCAGCAGCAGCAGCAGCAGCACAAGCAGCAGCAGCAGCAGCAGCAGCAGCAGCAGCAGCAGCAGCAGGGGCCCCACAGGUCUCUUCAGGAAGCACCGGGGGGUCCGGCAGCAGCUCCCCCGGGGGGCAAUCGAGGGGGCCCCCCACCAGCAGCAGCCACUGCCGCUGGCUGCUUGAGACAGGCAACGCGGGCGCAGCAGACUCCAGCAGGUGACACGAGCUCUGCAGCAGCAGCAGCAGCAGCAGCAGCAGCAGCAGCAGCAGCAGCAAGAGCAACGUCAACGCUACACCAGCGGGGAGCAGCAGCACGACAGAGAGAGCGGCAAGCAGCAGCAACAGACACCCCAAAGGGAACAGCAGCAAACGUCUGCCCGAUACCCAGACGAAACCCCCGCCACAAACAGCGAGAUCCCUCUCCUGCAGCAGCAGCAGCAGCAGCAGCAGCAAUCGCAGCAGCAGCAAUAGCAGCAGCAGCAGCAACAAUAGCAGCAGCAGCAACAGCAGCAGCAGCGGCAGAAAUAGCAGCUGCAGCAGCAGCAGCAGAAGCGACAAGAGCAGAAGCAGCAACGGCAACGGCGGCAACAACAGUAGGAGCAGCAGCAAAAGCAACAGCAGCAACAGCACUAGCAGCAACAACCGCAGUGGUAACAACAGCAGCAGCAACAACAGCAGCAGCACCAGGAACCACAAUCGACUGCUGCCGCUGCUUGCUGCUCUUUCUGUCGUGCUGCUGCACCUCGCUGCACUCAUUUGCCCUCGGGAUGCGAGCACAACAGCAGCAGCAGCAGCAGCAGCAGCAGCAGAAGCAGAAGCAGCAGCAGCAGAAGCAGCAGCAGCAGCAGCGGCACAUCCUCACCCGCUUGGUGUUGUUCAGGGGCCCACAGGGCGGAGCCGUUUCCCAAGGGGGGCAGCAGCAAAGGCCUGCUGAUAUGCAUCUGCUGCAGCAGCAAGAAGACCCCCAUAGUCGGGCCUCGCUGGAGCAGUGGAGACACAAUCAAGACAAAGAGACAACUCUUGCUGCUGCUGCUGUUGCUGCUGCUGCUGCUGCUGCUGCUGCUGCUGCAUCGGCAGGUUUUGUAAGCGCAGUGUCUGUACACCUCACCGCCACAGUUACCUCGUUCCAGCAGCAGCAGCAGCAGCAGCAGCAGCAGCAGCAGCAGCAGCGAGUUGGGGGCGAAGGGAUCGCCUGGCGUUCGCCGGUAGAGACAGGGAGCGGCGCUGCUGCUGAGCCGCAGCAGCAGCAGCAGCAGCAGCAGCAGCAAUAG